AUGACGAAUUUGAUAUAUGAUUACUUUGUAGAAAAUUUCGGUACGGUGAAUAAGUGCAAGGAUUCCAACUCUGAAUAUCAUACUAAGUAUGCUAGUUACUCAAAACAAGAGCUAAAACGAGAACUGAAAGCAUUGAAACGCCAGUUACCUGUUGAUGUAGAGAAUAUUCAGUAUGUGUCAAGAUUACUAAGGAAAUUAACUCAGAAUAAAGGCCAUGAUAAUGCUAAAUCUAUUAAUCACGACGAGGAAAUCAAGAAAAAUUUCUGGGCUUAUGCCAAAUCGCAUUUGGAUAGCGCUGACUAUCUGAUACCAACGUUCGAUUUGGCAACUUGCACUAAUUACUUUAAAAACAUUUGGAUGAACGCAUGUCCAUCUCAUGUUUUUUCCCUACCAAAUUGGUUACCGAGACUUUCAGCACCUGUACACGAAUUUAAUUCUACACCUCCAACUUAUGCUAAAAUUACGGCUAUCAUCAAAAGAAUGAAAACAGGUAGCUCUGCGUGCCCGCGUGAUCAGCUCUCAAUUAUUCCCUUUAAAAAAUCUGCAUACCUUAGAUCUUACUUGACAACAAUCAUUCAAAUGGUAUGGAAAUCGGGCCAAAUUCCUGACACUUGGAGAAGAGCUGCAUCAAUUCUUAUUCACAAAAAAAAAUCAACUGACGAUCCUCAAAACUUUAGACCAAUUACCCUGCAAUCAGUGCCUCUCAAAAUCUUUACAUCAACAAUACGGAAUGCCAUGUAUGAGUUUCUAUCAAAAAACAAUUAUAUUAUUGAAAAUAGGAUUCAAAAAGGAUUUACUCCGGGAAUGUCCGGCACGUUUGAACAUACGGCCCAUUUAGCAUACUUAAUUAGACGAGCGAAAAAACAGCAAAGAUCUCUAACAAUAGCUACUUGA